AUGUCAUUACCAAUUGAAGAAUUACGUGAUUCGCAGCCAUUUAUCAAGACCACUUUGGUGGAGGUCACUAAGAACUUGCCAAAUAAACCACCAUGUCGUAUUUUCUUAAAGAAUGAGUACGAGCAACCUUGUGGCAGUUUCAAGUUGAGGGGCAUUUCCAACUUAAUUUAUAGACUGAUCCAAAAGGCCAAAAAAGAAAAAAUUGAUAAAACUCUCUACGUGUUUGCGUCAAGUGGAGGAAAUGCCGGGUUGGCAGCUGCAUACCUGGCCCGUUAUUUUAGGAUAGGAUGUACCGUGGUUUUACCAACUACUUCGAAGCCAGAAAUCAUUAAGAAAUUACAAAGCUAUGGGGCCAAGACUAUCAUGCACGGAAAGAAUAUUAACGAAGCCGAUGGUUACUUGAAGAAUAUGAUGAGAAACAUAGAUUUGAACAUUUACCCAAUUUACUGUCACCCAUUUGAUAAUCCAUUAAUAUGGGAAGGCCAUUCGUCAUUAGUGGACGAAAUCUAUCAGGAACAAUUAUCCUAUGGCGACUCACAAAAGAUCAAAAGUAUUGUGUGUUCUGUUGGCGGAGGUGGUCUUUAUAACGGGAUUAUGAAAGGCCUUGAACAAAACAGAACAAACAAAGACACAAGCUUGAUGCUUGUUGAAACCAACCAGGCUCCAACUUUGUUGGAAACGAUAAAAGCUGGAGAAGUCUUCACACUAGACUCGGUCAACUCAUUAGCCACCUCACUCGCAUGCUCAUACUUGUCUGAACAAAGUUUAGACAACUACUAUAAUUCUAAAUUUAAGACUAACGUUGAUUCGAUCGACGACUUAGAUGCCAUUCAAGGCUUAAUUGAUUUUUAUAACAACACCGGAGUUGUUGUUGAGCCAGCUUGCGGUACUGCAUUAUCAUUAGUAUACAAUAGAAUGGAUCUUUUGACAAAGCAUUACGCUAACUUAUCUCCUGACGAUAUAAUUGUUGUAGUGGCAUGUGGGGGCUCAUGCACUAAUUUGGAAGGUGUUGAGAACUUCAAGAAGAUGCUUAACACCACCUGCAAGCUUUAA